UGUCGUUAUUGUUUGUGGUAAUGCCACACUGUCCUGGCAGCAUCUCUAUCUGUCCACGUUGAACCAAAACGCGACCUCGGCCGGAGAUACUUGGCUUGGUGAACCCGAUGUCUAUGACAUUGUGGUGUCUUUCUCCCCGCUUUGAUCCCUUCGAAUCAUGCGUCAGCAAGCGCAGUAUGAAAACACCCUUCUUCUGGGCGACCUAAUCAAUUUCCUCCCUGGACGCUUCGCAUCAGUACCGCAGGAUUACUUCUUCGGGCUUCUCGGCAUGGCCGCCGACUCUGAUCGAGACGAGUUCCGGCCAGACUACAAAUCUCCGGCAAGGAAAGUCAUCUUGAGAACUGGAAGGUUUUUGCUGAGUCAAAAGGACGAACCCGAACUGUUGUCUCGCGCAGGACUCGGGGAGUUGCAAGACCUCUUCCCCCGAUAUGGCCUAUCUCCCAUAAACAUCUCGCGGGCGUACCAAAUUACCAAGCAGCUGGUUCCAGCGAAUUCACGCCUAGGUUUGAUCCGAACGACUAAGAGAUCCUGAUUCUCCCAGGGACUCCGAUCGACGCUAUUGAUCGGAUCUUCCCGCUUCAUACCCGAGACACGUUCCUUACAAAGAGCUACGAGGCAUUCCUAAAUUCAGAUCUGCAGCUCGGCGGUACUGCGUUCGACACAGCAGUCGCUUGAACCUUGGUCGC